AAGCUCGACUGUAGAACUGCAUACUGUAGAAACCAUGAUUUCCGUCUACUCUGUCCUGUAUACUCUAGUGCUGUUCUCUGAGCUGAGCAGCCACUUGGUCACUGUGGCCAUGCCUGCAAGUCAAACAGAAGACAGUGUACCAGAACAAGAAGGUCUGGGUUUAAUAUUAGGUACCGAGCCCAUGACUGAACCCGCUCUGGUUCCAUCUGUGUACAGACGAAGCCGCGUGAUGGACGACAACAGCGAAGAAGAUGGGAACCCUAAAAUCAUCAUCAUCUCUGACAUGAGGCUCAAAGGACACAGUAUUCGUGGACUGAACCCGAUCUUCACCCGGAGCCUUCCUCUGCUCACAGACCGAAGCUCGAGCCACACUCCCGCUGAGCAGAGUUUGAAAAUUGAUCGCAGAAACACCGACCUUGACAUGCUGCGGUGUAUGAUAGGAAGAGUGUACCGACCCUGCUGGGAAGUAUAAAGGUUCCCCCCCGUGCUGCCGUCCUCCCUUGAAUGUGCU